UGACUCUUGAUUCCAUGAUAAGGUAAGGUUUAGGAAAUUACAUUUAAAUUACUUUGAAACUCUGAAGCGAUUAUACAGUAAUAUAUGUCAAAUAUAUAGAAUUAUUUUAUGUCACUUAGGUGAAAAUUGUUUACGUUUCUUUGAUUUAUGCACAUUUGAGACAUGCACCAACAAACCAAAAAGAAUUCCUUUUGUAAAACUUACUUGGCAAUAAAUAUCUUUCUGAUUCUGAUUAGGUUUUAAAAUAGAUAUUUAAUUCAUGGUAUGAACAAUUUAGCAGAAUAAAUUGAUGAAGUUAGACUUUUCACCAAUGCCUGUAUCAGUGAACAGUGAAAGAUAUCUGCAACAUGGGCAAAAUCUUGGGUAUACUUUAUAUUUUUUUUAUUAAUUUGCAACCAUGGUGAUAUCUAUCAUAAACAUGAAAAUCCCUGUUUUGACGUGAAGGAUAAACUCAAUGAAAAAGCUAAAUUAUCCUCUGGUUUCACAGUUGCGCAGAAAUUUCGUUUAUGUCUUUACAUUUUUUCCAACCUCGAUUUAUUUGUUUUUUUUACCUUUUGUAGGUAAGGGAUUCAUUUGCAAUUAUGACCUGUACAAAUGUAUAAGAAAGUGUUAAAGUCCCUGUAAAAAAAUCUAAACAUAUUAUAAAUGUAUUGCUAAAACACAUUACAAAGACUGUGAACUGUGAAGUACUGAAUAGCCUAAGUGCAAAAGCGUAGUGACGAACUUCCGCUGUCGCCAGAACUCGGCAUAUUUGUUUCCGGUUUACUUGCGUGUCGCCCAAAAUGUCUGUUUUAACUCGAUGUCUCCAGGAUCUUCCAAUAAUUAGUGUCAGCGAUGUUCAUGGCAUUGUUGAUGCCUGGUCCCCUGCUCCGACAAGCAAGAGGGACAAGGGCUUUAAACUCUACAUAUCGAGUUAUCUGCACAACUACAAGGGUAAGUAUUUUAAUCUAAUGUGGUGUGCCGGCAGAUAGCGGCUAAGCUAGUUCGCCACGUGUUCAUUAUUAAUGUAACGUUAGUAUAGAAGCUUGUUUUUUCUUAGUUUUAAAGCAGACUGUUUGUUAAUUUUUGUGAUAAUUGUAAUAUCAAUUAUAUUAACUUGCUCUCCUCUCAUUUUCUAAUAAAGAUCAGGGCACAGGUGAAGUCACUGUCAGGGCAUUGUGCUACAGGUCCAUGAGGAAAACAGAUAAACCUCACAGUUUGAGUGUAUGGUGAAGCUAGAAUUGAUAAGACCUCAGUUAUAGGCUUGUUACUUUAAUAGCCCGGUGUUCCUGGGGAUUUAGCAAAGGUAAUUCAUGUUUAUAAUAACUCUUAAAUAAGUAGGUAAUGAAAAGAGUGGCUAAAAUUGGCAGGUGAGUUUACCUUGCUGGUCCACAUUUGGGUUACUGAAUGCCUUCUUGUUCAUGUUAUAAGCUUGUUACUUAUUAUAACCAGGUGUUCCCGAUGUUCCUGGGGACUCGGCUAAGGUUAUUCACGUUUAAUGUAACUCAAAUCAAAUGAAAACAGUUAUUGUAGGCAGGUAAGUUUCCCUAGCUGGUCCCCUCUGGGUAAAAUGCGUUCUUAUUCAAGUUUUCAACACAGUCAUUCGUUUAAGAUGCAAUCUUGUGUUAUAAGUAUUAGGCUAUCAUGAUUAUACAGUGAGCAAGCUAUAUAAAUAAGUAUUUAAUAUAAUAAAAGUGUAGAGAAACAACCGAGUGUGUAAGGUAAAGGCUGAAUAUUGUAGAUUUAUUACAAUAUGUUGCAUGUUUGAAUUAAAAUACCUGUGGAUAUGCAACUUCCCACUCAUGAAAGUUUUAUGUUAUUCAAAGGAGCACACUCUACAAAGGCCUGACUGGAGAUUUGCCUGAUCUAUCCGUCCUUCAGGUGACAGCGGCUCACUUCAAGAGCAGGUGAAGCAAGUUGGGACAAUGUUGAAGACGUUUGCUCGCACUGGGCAAUCAGGUGCAGAUCAAACCCUAAUGCUGCAACGUCUUGGAGAGUUUGGUGAUGUUGUGCGUAGCAUGGACAACAAAAUGGACACUAUGCUGCAACAUUUCAGUGCCAAUGUGUCGGUUGGAGAGUUAUCCCUGCCAGGGGAUCUGUUACUCCCCCUAGACACCCAGGAAGAUUUGGCGUUGCUUGACAACAGUUUGAGGCAGGAUAAAGAGUUCCAGCAACGAUUUCUUCGGUUUUUGGCAAUCAAAUGUGGGAGGGACCUAAAGACAACCGUGUGGCGAAUGCUUCAGAGUAUCUUCUCUAAUCACCUUUCCAUCAAUACAACCUGGACUGGUGUAGGGGAUAAAGCAUGUUUUAGAGACAUGUUCCUGAAGACCAUUGUUCAAAGAGCCAUCCGGAAGAACUCGGCAACCCAGGAUGCCACUGAUGAGGCGAUCCAGGUUAACGUUACGCGUUACCUGAAAGGAGCAUCUGAACGUGAAGGUGGAAAAAGGCGCCGCACAUCUGAACCUAGGCUGACUACUGACACCCAAGCAUCACUGACAACUGGAACCCUUUCUUUAUCCUGCAGUCAGUAACAUCAAGACCCAUAAAAAAGCCUGCUAAAAGUGUCAGACUACACUCACCCAAUCCACACUGUUCACUGUGGAAAUUGCUCUUUUUUUUUCUUCAUGACCCUGCUUUGAGGGCAGCUCCUUGGAUGAAUAUGGGAUGGUUUGUCCUUUUAUACAGGCGCACGAGGAAUCACUGAAGAUAUGCCAAUUUGCACUGCCUCAUUCUGGAGGUCUGGGAAAACCGGUAAUUCAUAGCCCACUACGCCACGCAGACCCCAACCACUCCAGACAUUCUGAUUGGCUGUGUUCUCUACAGCCAGAUUUUCUGCUGUUAAUUGUAUUUGUUCCCACUUGUUGUCAUGUGUAAGUUGAAUGUCAAAAGUUAUAUUAUACCUGUUAUCCUGCACAUUCCUUGAUACCAAAGAUCUCAAUUAUUUCAUAUACAAUUUGCUGCUUAUUUCAUUGUUACAGUGCUUAACUAUUCUAUUUUUAAAUAUAGCUUGUAAAUCCUAGAUUAUACAUCUAAUACUUGAUAUCAGCACAUUAUCUGGUAUCAAAUAUUCUUCUUACCGUGACUUUGGCUUAUUUCAUUCCGUCAGUGCUUAACGAUUCUAUUAUAGUUUGUAAAUCCUAUUUCAUGCCUGAUAUUUGAUAUUGCACAUUAACUAGUACCAAAAAUUCUCCUUUCAUUUCAUCAGUGUGCUUAACUGUUAUUCUAUUGUUAAAUAUAGCUUGGGAGUCCUAUUUCAUACCUCUGAUACUUGAUAUUGCACAUUACCUGGUACCAAAUAUUCUACUCAUUCCGUCACAGUGCUUAACUGUUAUUCUAUUGUUAAAUAUAGCUUGUAAAUCCUUGUGCCACAGGUCAGCAUUGCAGUUAUAAUGGUAUAUUCUACUCCACAGCUUUACUCUAAAUUAUUACCACUUAUCCUAUUGUUAGAAAUGACUUGUAAAUAUGAUGUUAUACCUCAAUUUAUUUGGUAUCCUGCACUUUCUUUGGUACCAAAUAUCCUCAUUGCUUAUGUUUACUGUAAUUCUUUUCAAUCCCAGAGCUGACCUCUUUAUAUUAUUAACAAUUAUUGUAAGUGUUACAAUAGUGUUUUUUACAAAAGUGUUUUUUUUUUACCAAAAUGUAAUUGGAAACCUGUAUGUUAUUUGUGUGUGUGUGUGUGUGUGUGUGUGUGUGUGUGUGUGUGUGUG